CAUGGGAUAUUCAUAACAUUGUACCCCAAGUUAAGAGACCAUGAAGACAAAUUAUUGAAUUACUUCAGGAUGUCAAUGAAACUGUAUCGCUCAUCUGAGUAGCCAGCAGUAUCACAGGCCAAUUUGGCAAGCCAACCAAUGGAAGCGCAAUGUGGCCUUAAAGCCGCCAAGUGUUUAUGCAUGCGAAUCGACCAGCGCGUUUUCCGCGCGGGUGGACGGGAGACUAUCUGUUUCUCAUUCUUGGGUAGACCUCGAUCCACCUGAGAGGAAAAAACUGCGCGGUUAUUUGUGAAAACCUCCAUUAACUUACACCGCCGUGGUUUGAAAUUUGAAACGCGCGGGUAAAACCACCUAUAGUAUGAACACGCCUUGGGACAGAAAGCUUGACAAAUAAGGAAAACAUAUAAAGAAGCAAGAAGAAAAUAAGGAUAUUCAUGAAGAGAAAAUAACUUAUGGAGGACUUGUGUGAUGGAGAAGAUUGAUGCUUCACAGUGUUGGCACUUGCCGUAAGGAAGUUAAAAUGUUGUCCCGAAUGGGUAGCAAGCUUCGUACUGGUGCUGCUAUUUUGAUAGGAGGCACUGUUGGCCACCAGCUGAAGAAACACCAUGAGGCUGUGCACCAGAUCUCAGAAAUGUCACAGACAUCUGACAACAAAGAAACCAUUUUAUUACAGCAAAAAGAGAAUUGCAAGACUAUCAGCAAGAUUUCUCAUGGUCUUAAAGAAUUUACAUCUUCCAGUGCCUCAAAAAAUACUGUUGCAGAAUUAUAUGCAGAAAAUGCAAAGUUGCUGUGUCAACGGUACUUGGUGCAUGAAAGGGUGGAGGUUGGUGGGCCAGAUGUGUGGCUGGCUGAGUGGCUGGCUGAUGCUGAAUGGGUGGACACUGUGGACUGCUGGCUGCCACCUCCUUCCUGGUCUGCUCUGACUCCUCCAUCAUACUUAGCAGCCCUGUCUUGUGGUGUGAGGGCCCUCUGGUAUAUUAGCUGCUGCAGAGACUUCUGUAAAGGGAACUCUAUCUUCACUAAGGACCUGGUGAAGGCUCUGAAGAGGGUGAUUGAAGGUGGUGGUGCCAAGGCUACUCCCAUGGCCCUCAAGGUGCUGGCAAACAUAGCUGUUCAUCCAGAGCAUCAUCAUCUCAUCCAUGACACUGGGUUGGUGGAUAUUCUCACUACUUGUGCCGACCACCACCACCCAUAUAUAUUCCUCCCAGCUUGGAGAGCACUGCAUAACUUGAAGGCAGGAACAGCAGCCUCUAGAUGUACUGGUGUGUUUAUUGAAGGGAUCUACCCCUUUGUGCUCCCUGAGGAGGAGGAGGAGGUGCCCCUCAUAGACAUAGUGUUGGUCCAUGGCAUUGAAGGGGGAGCACCAUGGACGUGGCGGCAGCGUGAUGCAGACACAGACAGACCUCUUUUCCCCCAGAGCCUACGCAGAAUGAUCAAAAACCUCAAGGAAGAAGAGGUUGAUCAGUAUUCUACUUGCUGUUGGCCUCUGGACUGGUUGGCACCUGCCCUGGACCUCCCUGUGAGGGUCCUUGCUCUUGACUUCCAUGCUCGUUGGUGGAGAUGGGGAUGUGAUUCCCAUGAAGAGAGUGCUGGGAAGUCCCUGUCCAGCCACAGUCAAGAUAUGAGGCAGGCACUAGAAGCAGCUGGUGUGGGGGAGCGUCCCAUUGUUUGGAUCACUCACUCUAUGGGGGGCCUUGUGAUGAAGCAGAUAUUGAUGGAGGACCAGCAGGGGGCCACAUCACAUGCUAAUGUCUCAGAGGACUUAUUACAGAAGAAUGGUGGUCCAUUGGCAAAACAGACACUAGCUGCUGUAUUCUGCAGUGUUCCUCACCAUGGCUCAUCUCUGGCCAAUGCCAUCACCACAUGGCCUUUCAUCCUGGUGCUGCAGCCCACCUGUGAAAUCUGGGAGAUGAGAACAGAUAAUCCACAACUAGAAGUAAUCCACAAGUUGUUCCUGAGUUUAGCCAAGGAGCAGCAGGUGGCUGUGUUAUCCCUACUGGAGUCUGAACCAACCCAGCAUGGAAUGAUCUGGUGGGACUUACACUUUGUGCUGCCUCAUCUUGCAGAUCCUGGAGUGGGUGAGUUCUGUGAAGUGGAGACAACACACCGUGACAUAUGCAAACCAGCCAACAGGAAAGGUGACGUCUACCAAAAGAUCCUGCACUUCCUGAAAGAAACUCUAGAUCAAAUAUAGUUGUGAUACAUGCUUUUUAUUUUUAAAGGAUGAUUUUAUUAUAUAUAUAUAUAUAUAUAUAUAUAUAUAUAUAUAUAUAUAUAUAUAUAUAUAUAUAUAUAUAUAUAUAUAUAUAUAUAUAUAUAUAUAUAUAUAUAUAUUUAUAUUUUGGUAAUAGUCAUGUAAAUUUUUGUUUAAGAUAUAUUAUAAAUAUAUUUUUUGAUAAACCUGUUAAAAAAGUUAAAAUUGGCUGUUUACUUUUCCUUUGCCUUGAAUAUUAAUGACAAUAUGCAGCUGGCAAUGAAAAGUAGGGAAUCAGACAUGACAGUGUCACACAAGUUUUUCUUCCUUCUCUGUUGUUUGUUAAGAAGGAAGGUGCAGAUGAAUGGGUGAGGAGUGUAUUGCUGGAAUAACAAGCUUUUAUCAGCAACAAUGACAACAGUCAAUGGCUCAACAUGAGCUUGCUGGUUAGCAUAGCUGGGUAUGAUAAUUAAAAUAUUAAUCAUGAUAACUGGUAAAUUGAUAACAAUAACCUUAUCAGCAAUAACUGAUAAGUAGUGAUAAAUUAUCACCUGAUAAUUAAUAACGGAUAAACUGAUAAACCCAAAAUUCCAAUACUAGCAAUAACAAUAUUGAUAUUUUAAAUAAAAAGAAAUGAUAAAUCCAAAUCUUUAUUUUUAUCUUUAUUUUAGAAGCCUUAGAAAAAUCUUUGAAAUUUUUUUCAAAUUCAAUGAUUAUCCUCUCUUCACUAAUGACAAGUACAAUUUUAAGUAAAAUAACUACAUUAAAUUUUGAAAGUUAAUAAUUUCACAAUGCUCAUGUUCCAAAAAAUAAAAUUAUUGAUUAUUGCUAGUUUGGAACCAAAAGUACCAGUGAUACCGAUGAAUCGAUAACUUGGGAAAAGUACUUAUCGGAUAAUCGAUAACCCAAUAUGAUUAUUGUGAUAAAUUAUCAUGAUAAUUUAUCGUGAUAAUGCCCAGCUAUGCUGGUUAGUACAAAUUAAACAUACCAAGCAUAGGUUAUCAAAUACAUAUUCAAUGAAGUUAAUGAAAUUACCAAAUACAUAUUCCAUGAAGUUAAUGAAGAUUUAAACAUCUGGAUGUAAAGUUAAUUUGACGUGUAAAAGUGAGAAGACUACCUGAGCUACAUUGUCUAUAUUGUACAAUGUCUAAUGGGCACAGCUGCAGAAUCCCUGAGAAACAUCCAACUACCCAUGUUAUAGGUGCUCAUCCUGUCACACUGAAUUGCUUUUCUUGUCCAUCUAUCUAAUUUUUUUUUACAUGGAAUUCUCUCUUUCUCUCAUAAAGUAUCCCCAAGGUGGGUGGUCAUGGCAUUAAAGAUGCUACUUCCUCCUAUCCAAACACUCAGUUCUAGUUUGUUAAAGCUGUGUACUGAUUGUAAGUUAAGAAAGGAAAGGUUAUUAGUCAAUAAAAAAUUAUGAGAAUAUUCAUAUAAUGAUGGGAAUAGAAGAUCUAUGCAGUGACAAGGAAAAGUACAGAAAGGGAUGUGUGAAGAGUUUGAGCUAGUAAGAGACAUCUUUGAUAGUUUCAUUAUGUACUGUAACAGAAAUACAGUUUGGGGAAAGACUGUGUGAGCAGGGUUACUUAAUGUGGUGAACGAAAAGACUGAUGAGGGAAGGGAGAGCCUUACAAUUUGUGUUGAUGAAAGUUACACUUGUUCUUAAUCACUUACCAUGUGUCUUUAUGUUAAGGAUUAGUAAACCAGUUUAACAAUUCAAUGACAUAUCAAGAUCCCAUAGAAGCAAAUGAGCAAUCUAAGUGGAAAAAGACUUUGAUAGAUUCAUGUACCCUCUUUAUUAAGUUGGUUAGUAUGCAGGCAUCCAUGCACCAAAUCUAUUAGGUUAAAAUAUUAUCAUGGUUAGUUCAGGUUAAUAAACAACAGUAUGUACUAAGAGUGUAAUAUUUUUAUAACUACUACAUUCUACAAAUCUAUUAGGUUUAACAUGUAUUAUAUAUAGUAACAUUAUAUACUUUUACAUUAAAAUAAACUUCACCUUUAUGAAAAUAGUUCACAUUCUGAUCUACUAUAAGUACAAAUUCUAUACAAACUUGACAUUACUUGUUUAUCUACCACUAUAAAAACAAUUUCCUAAUUGUAUGAUUCCUUUGGCAGUCACACAUUUACCAUAAGAGUAAGUGAUACUUAAAUUAGUGGUGAUGGAAGGGGUAGGAAUCAGUGUGACACGGAGAGGUAAACACAGAAGGGGACUCACUAUAGUCAUAGCUAGUGUUUCCAAGGUAUCCUUGAAUGGUCAUAUGAUCUGAAUAUACUUAUCAUUUGUUCACAGUUCCCCACAUAGAAACAAUACACAGUUUACAUGGAUCAUAACUCCGAUUCUCCACAAAAUAAAAAUAAGUAGCUUUUGACUGCUUUGUUUAAUGAGCUUUCUUAGUUUCAUCCCAACUUUUCUAUUUCAAUAUCUAUAUGAAUUUUGACUAUACAUAUAUGAUAAUUUUUCAUAAACAUAAUGAACAAAUCUCACUAGAUGAACACAGCAGUAGGCAAGAAAUAAGAGUCAUCAACGUAGCAACAAGUCAGGAAUGGCCACUUGUUAACAUUUUUUUCUGUCAUGCAUUUUCUCAGCUAUGAAUCACUGAUGAGCAGCCUACUCUUGUGUUGGCCAGCCUUGAGACAAGCAGCUUGCUUCUUAACUUACAAGGUGACAAGAGUUGCUGACUGAACACUGUCACAAGUAAGACUUGUUUGUGUCUCUGCAGCAAUAUCCUAUUUUCAAUUACUCAUUCACAGAAAAAGACUGGCAGACCACCACAAGCUAGACAACUAUACAAAGUACAACAUUCAAACUCCACCAUCCAAAUGAACCUGACCAUUUUUUCACUGUAUGAAGCUUUAUGAAAUACUGACUACACAUGAUAUGGCUGUGCCCUGGUAAUGAGGUUCUUAUCACAUAAAAGAUAUGAAGAUCUUGUUGAAGGACCUCACUAACUUAUUCUGUCAUAAGUUUGUCAUUGGUUAACAGAUCACCUUUAUUCAUGUCCUAUUCAUGCAAGAUUUGAAACAGAGUCAAAUAAUUCAACAAACUAGUGCCUCUCACAACCACCUGUGAACAUGAAAUAACAAUACUCAAUUACAUAUGUGACUUUAUAUACCUACAAGCUACACUUUCUAAACAGAAUAAUUAAUCUCUUCAUGGUUUCAUGCCGGGGUAUCCUUCAAAGAGGGAAGAGUUUACUAAUUUCCAGCUGAUCACAGCAAACUUUACAAGUGUUCAAAUCAGUCUUCCUGGAACAAAUCCUUCUAGCUAUACACUAUCUUGACUGUUCCCAUCAUUUCAGAAUAUAAAAAAAAUAAUGGACUUGGUAUCCAGCAGAAAAUAAUUAAGAAUCCACUGACAGAAUAAUUUUUGAGAUAAAUUCUCUGUCAUCCUGAAGUAAAGCAAUAACACUAUGACAAAAGAUGCUCAAUUCUAUCCAAGAUGAUGGUUUCUUCAGUGAGAGGCAACAACACAGCACUCCUCACCUGCACACCUCACAUGAACCAGACACACACACCUCACAACCACAAGGCCAGUACAUUGGUCCAACACAAUAGGCUAAGGUUACCUAUACCUAUGUUUUUCUAUUUUUUUAUUUUUUUUAUAUGACUGGCAAUACGAACUUCCUCUUCAUUAAAUUAAUGUUGGAUCAAGGCUUUCAGGGGUUGAAUGCUGUUAUCAUAAAUCUAUUAUACACCUUUCCAACUUUCUUCCCAGGCAGUUAGUCAAGUUCCUGCCAUAGUAUUAGUAAUGUCAACAUACACUUAUCUAUCUUAAAAAAAAAAAAAAAAAAAAAAAAAAAAAAAAAACAAAAA